AUGUGCCAGGGCCCGAAAAGUUUAACUGUAAAGUAUAGUCUACUGUUUCAACUUUCCAGCUUUAGUUUAGAGUUCAGGUCGGCGCGCUACAGUCCAGUAUUCAGCUCAGGUCAGCGGGCUAUAGAGGGAGGAGAGGAUGAGGACUUAAAACCCUCUUCUCGAACCCCAGCUCCAGGUAGUGAUAUUAGCUCUAAAGGAUCAAGUACGGAGGAGGGGCAUAUCAGGUGUCUAGGGAUAGGAGCUGAUAUCUGUAUACCAACUGGAGAUGAUAAAAACAAGGUGAACCUGAAUAUAUUAUUCUACGAACUGGAUAAAACCUUGCAGAGUUUAAAGGAUGAAAACAAGCAGCUCCGAGCCGAGAUGGAAUAUCUCAAGGAGCUUGUAAAGGGUGGAUCCAUCCCUAAAUCCGCCCCAGCUGCUCCGGUUCAGGUUCAAACCGUCUCUUCCCCCCAGGACGGGCUGGAGGAACGACUUACAAGCAAAAUUGUCAACCUGGAGUCAAGUUUUGACAAGUUUAAAGAUGAAAUGAAUACAAAAGAAAAUGAAUCUAAAACUAGAAUUGACAGUUUAACUUCAAGUUUAGAAAGUUUGGUAACUAGACAAUCUGAACACGAGGACAGAUUUGAGAAAGCUUUCUCCAAUCUAUCAACUGCUCCUGCUCCAGCACCUGCUGCUCAAUCCGAACCUGAAAGCAGCUCCUGUGAUAUUUCGGCUGCUCCCGUUGAUAUUUCUGAGCAGCUUGACACAAUUAAGGAGAGUUUAACCGGGCAGGUAGCUGCUUGUCGUGCUCUGGUUGCAUCACCUCUAUCGGUCAUCUUUGAUGCUGUUAGAUCAGAAGACUGGAUUGGACAGGAUAAUUUCCUUCCUUUUACAAAGUUGAACGUGAAUAUCGGAGGUGGGAUGGAGAUAAACUCCGGAAAGUUUACAGCUCCAGUCUCAGGAUUAUACUUCUUCAGUCUUAAUGUUUACGGAGCACCGAGGGACGGAGUCGUCUUAUCAAUCAAAGCUAACGAGUUCAUGGAGAUUGCUAGUUGUAGUGGUGUUGGAAAAGCAAGCCAGACUUGUGUUGUCGAGUUAGAUGAAAAGGAUACUGUCGGCGUCUAUGUGAAUGAGAAAUCUAAGCUAACGGAUACAAUGAAUAACAGAUUCACGCAUUUCAUUGGAUUUUUGCUGAGACCUAAAGAAUUAAUGUACAUGUAAAAUCUAUGUAAUUGUACACAUUUUUUUAUAUUUACUUCAAAAUGAACUUUUGCUAGAACUUUAAUGAAACUUUAAAUUACUUUUGAUAAACAUUAUUUUUUCAAUCGUUUAAUAACUUAAAACCAUGCUAUUGUUUUCAAAUUAGAAUCUAGUGUUCCCGUCAGUAGAUUUAGUAAAAUAUGAUACUGAUCCCUUACAGCUUAUUUUAUCAUAUUUUUUAAUUUUAUUUAUGUAAUUUUACUCUUUUAUUAUUUUGUAAAUAUUUGAUUUACCCAAAACAACUCAUCUGCAUGGUUUCUUCAGAAGCUAAUUUUGAAUUCUAUUCUUUUUACAUUUUUACCCUUAUUUGUAAAAUACAUUUUCGAAAAAAA